AGGAGCAGAAAAUUAUCUUUGGACUCUCGGAGUACCCAAAACAGCAAACAUGUUGUUCUUCUCGUAUUUCAAGGACCUAGUGGGCAGAGAAGUGACUGUUGAACUGAAGAAUGACCUAGCGAUUCGUGGCACUCUGCAUUCGGUUGACCAGUAUCUCAAUAUUAAGCUCGAGAACACUAGGGUUGUGGAUCAAGACAAGUAUCCUCACAUGCUGUCGGUGAGGAACUGUUUUAUCAGAGGAUCCGUGGUGAGGUAUGUCCAGUUACCUCCGGAUGGAGUUGACAUUGAACUGCUUCAUGAUGCCACGAGAAGAGAAGCUCGCGGCGGCUGAAAUUCAACAGUAAAGAAUUCAGUGUAAUUUUCAUUCCAGUUUGAGAUGUAAUUGUUUCUGGCUUUGGAAAAACUUGGCCUUUGCAUUUCCAAUAGCUUGAAGUUGUAUUUGUUUUUUUUUUUGGGUCGAACCUGAAGUUUAAUUAGGUACUUUUGAGUUGCUCUC